CCGAGCGCGAGCAGAGCGCAGCCGCUAGGGAGGCGCGGGGGAGGCGCGCGGAGCCAGAGCCCCAGCAGCAGCAGUGUCGGCGGAGAGCACCCGGGCGCGUUCCGAGCCGCAGCCGCAGCCGCAGCCGCAGGCGCGAUGGCCGUGGCCGUGGGGAGACAGUCUGUGAGUGCCGGGGCCUCGCUUCCCUCGCCCGCUGCUCCUCCAGUGCUGGGUGGUCGCUGCCUUCUGGAGAAUGAAGAGCUUCGGAACUUGUCACUUUCUGGCCAUGUUGGAUUUGACAGUCUCCCUGACCAGCUGGUCAACAAGUCUACUUCUCAAGGUUUCUGUUUCAACAUCCUGUGUGUUGGUGAGACGGGCAUUGGUAAAUCUACAUUAAUGGACACUUUAUUCAACACCAAAUUUGAAAGUGACCCUGCUACUCACAAUGAACCAGGUGUCCGGUUAAAAGCCAGAAGUUAUGAGCUUCAGGAAAGCAAUGUACGGCUGAAGUUAACCAUCGUUGACACCGUUGGAUUUGGAGACCAGAUUAAUAAAGAUGACAGCUACAAGCCAAUAGUGGAAUAUAUUGAUGCCCAAUUUGAGGCCUACUUGCAAGAAGAAUUAAAGAUCAAACGUUCUCUCUUCAACUAUCACGACACCAGGAUCCACGCAUGCCUCUACUUCAUUGCCCCUACUGGACAUUCCCUGAAAUCUCUGGAUCUGGUCACCAUGAAAAAGCUGGAUAGUAAGGUGAACAUCAUUCCAAUAAUUGCAAAAGCUGACACCAUCGCUAAGAAUGAAUUGCACAAAUUCAAAAGUAAGAUUAUGAGUGAACUGGUCAGCAAUGGAGUCCAGAUAUAUCAGUUCCCCACAGAUGAAGAAACAGUGGCAGAAAUCAAUGCAACAAUGAGUGUUCAUCUGCCCUUCGCAGUGGUUGGCAGCACUGAAGAGGUGAAGAUUGGCAACAAAAUGGCAAAGGCCAGGCAGUACCCCUGGGGUGUGGUGCAGGUUGAGAAUGAAAAUCAUUGUGACUUUGUGAAACUUCGGGAGAUGCUGAUCCGUGUGAACAUGGAAGAUCUGCGAGAACAGACUCACACCCGCCAUUAUGAAUUGUAUCGACGCUGUAAGCUCGAGGAGAUGGGGUUCAAGGACACAGACCCUGACAGCAAACCCUUCAGUCUUCAGGAGACAUACGAAGCAAAAAGGAAUGAAUUUCUGGGAGAACUUCAGAAGAAGGAAGAAGAAAUGAGACAAAUGUUUGUAAUGAGAGUGAAGGAGAAAGAAGCCGAACUUAAAGAGGCAGAGAAAGAGCUCCAUGAGAAGUUUGACCUCCUAAAGCGGACACACCAAGAAGAGAAGAAGAAAGUGGAAGACAAGAAGAAGGAGCUGGAGGAGGAGGUGAACAAUUUCCAGAAGAAGAAAGCAGCAGCACAGUUACUACAGUCCCAGGCCCAGCAGUCUGGGGCGCAGCAAACCAAGAAAGACAAGGAUAAGAAAAACUGACCAUCUGCCUCUUGAGAGAGAGAAGUGGGCAUCCUUCCUUUAAAUUCAGGAACCAUUGUUGUUUUGACUCUUUUUCUGUUACCUGCAUCCCUCUAUACAAGUUGUUUUCGGAAAAAAAAAAAAUUUCAGUUAGCCAGUUGUUUUAUGUAUUGGUUAUUCAAAUUUAGUUUUGGUAUCAAACUUAAUGCCAGUGGUAAGUUCAAGAAGAAAUUUAAGCAAGCCUUAUGUUACAGAAAUCUGUCUAAGAUGCUUUCCUCAUCACAUAUAAAACAGAAAACCCUUUGCUAUCACUGUGGGUUCACAGCAAGUCUUAGUUAUGCUUAAAAUGUACCGUUGUUGGGUGGAUGACUUUUCUGCCUUUGGAACUCAGUUUAUACUUAAAGAAACUUUAAAAUAACUUUUGGACCCACCCCUGAUUAUUAUUGUAAAACUCUGCAUUUUACCUUGUAUUCAGGGUUUUUGUGUGUCCUGGACCACAGGAAACCCCAAACAAGUAUUUAUUUUCUCCCAGACAACAGUGUCCUGAACAGUGUUUCUGAUCCACAUUGUCUUCCAAGUUAUCGGGUGGCAUUCUCCGUUGUCUACAAAACCUGCUGGAAAUCACGUAAAAUACACCCAUGUACACACACGCACACAGCUGCCAGGGAAUCAGUAAUUCUAAUGCUGGCUAAGCACCUCUCGGGGUCACUUUUAGAGUAUGAACAUGCAUACUUGUGAUUUCAUACUUUUAUUUCAAUACUUCUCACAAGUCUCUGCUUAUUUCCACCUUGUCACAGUAAGCAGAUUAUAAGAAUAUUGCUGAUGGCAUGUGCUGAAUUUGUCAGGAACCUUAGGAAUGUUCCUCCUCUAUUGGGAAGGUGAAAUGACAUAACCAGGGUCCCUGCUGGCUGAUUGACUUGAGUCUUCAGGAAGAGGUUAGAGCAAUUCAGUGAGCUUGCUGGCAGGAGCUUUCUUAACUUAGACGCUACUAGUAAAUUAUCAGAUUCAUCUGAGCUAUUAAGCAAUCCAGGUGUGCCCAAGAGCCAUCCCUUCCCAUCUACAUGAAUCCAUAGGUAGAAAGCUGCUAGUGGCAAGUGGGUACCAACUCCAUAAAGGAUGCCAGAGCAUGACAUACCAUUUUUGUCCGUUAAAUGCCAGCAUCCUGACACCAUUGUCAUCACUAAGUACAAUAAAGCGCUUAGCCUUAUACUCUUUAUCAUACUUAAAAUAUGGCCACCACCUUCACAAUAGUGGUCUAUAUCAACGUUAAAGACCUUGUUAUUUAUUUUAAAAGUAAGUUCUGCUUAAGUUUGUAAAGAUAUUUGGGGUGCAAUAUUUAAAGAUCAAAUUAGUUUUUUUUUUUUUUAAGAGGGAAAUGUGUUCUCUAUUAUUGCUAGCCCCUUUUUGUCCUUUUUAGUUCUCAAGUUAGAGGAAGUUACUAUAGCAAUCAUCAUAUCGGAGGGCAUGGGAAGGAAGUUUGCUCCCAUCAGAUACUAGGGAAGCAGGCCACAGACACUCCUUGUUAUGUAUAUGCUGUCUCUCCACUGAUUGGCUUUUUACAUCAGGUGUUUGUUUCCUUUGCUCAAAUGUGAAUAAAACUGGUAGGUUCUUAGGUUCUGACUGACCAGCUAAGAGAUACAAAACCAUCCUAGGAGUAAGUAUCCAUAAUUAUUUACUUUCCCAAACCCCACUGAAAAAAAAAAAAAGGGAAGAAUUGAACCAUACCAUUUCAACCUAUUUCCACUUUGUAACAAUCUUUUUAUUAUUUUUUUAAAAAUAUUACUUGACUUUAGAUACAGCUCAGCCUUUUUGCUCUGUGUAGUCCAAACAUAACACAUCAUAGGAGAGAGCUGAUCUUAACCAGUAUGCACUGAGUGGGCCAGAUAAAAUUAGGUCAUCUUCCAAACCUAGUAAUUUAAAUUUUUCUACCCAUUAACUGUACCUAGCAAGUGAAAUUUCCUUAUUUUAAUUGUUUUUGCUUGUGAUUGGCCCAGAUUAGGGUGAACAAUUUUGGCCCUCCGAAGCCAACCAGAGAUUCCACUGUGUUUACAUGACAUUUCUACACAAAUCUUUUGGUUUGCAGAUGACUAUCAUCUUCCCACCCUGGAGACUGACAGUAAUAGCGUGGUUCACUUUGAAGCUCCUUGUACUGGAAUUCUCAAGACCAUGGUAUUUAGUACUGUGACUGAUACCAUCUGGUUUUCAUCAGUCUCUAGUGAACAACUGGCAUCUCCAGGGCUGGUCAAGAGAUUGAAUGUGUUACUUUGAAAAGACUUAAUUGUAAACCUAAGUAUCCAUGCCCUCCCUCUCCCACCUUCCUGUUUUACUCCUAAGUAGUAUAUAAAUGAGAUCUGUAUCAUGUGAAGCACAAAGGAAAUUUCACAUCUGCUUCAAAUCAGUUACUUUCCAUGCUGUCUAUUGACUGGCCCUUCAGUCCCCUGUGGAAACUUUCAAUGUUACAGCACCUAGAUUCGAGGCUGCAGAGACUAUAACCAAAUUGGCCCCAUUUUUCAUAUCGUACCCCCUUUCCAGACCUAUGUUAGAUACUGGAAAUAGAGUAGUCAUACUCUAUGAGUUGCACCUGUCACUGUACAGCUUAUAAGCAUAGCAGACUUUUGGAGUAAGAGGUAAGUCCUUCCUAUGCUAAGUUGCAAAAGAAAUUGUAUUAUUAAAACAGUACCCUAGCCCAUCGGGACCAGCUGCCUUUCAGUGGUUGGAUGCUUAAAGGUGCCCAUCAUUCUGGAGUGACCUAAUGAAAUUAACUGUUUCUGAGAAGUUAGUUCACUGGGCCUAGGGUUUUUUUUCUAUUUACCUAAUUUCUAACACAAUUGUGUUUCUAACACAAUUCUGGCACUGUCUGAUCCGGACAGUUUGUGCUUUUAAGAGUAAAAGGGAAUAGUUCUCAUUUCAUUCUUAACCCAGAAGUACCUAGAACGAAACUAGUGAGCUUUCCUCAAAUUCACCUGGUCAGACAUGCUCCAUCAGACACACUUAAUAGUUGAAAGCUUUCAACUUCAAUUCCUUGAAGUUGCCAAUUCUACAUGAACUUGCACUUCAUUUUGUUGUCCUGAUGAUUAGCUGACUCCAACUCAAGGGAGCAAGACUUUGGGGCUUGGCUAUUUUCAAGUCUUGUGUUUCUAUAUUUUGCAGAACCAGGCAACUCAAAAUUUUGAUUUGCAUAAUUGGUUCUAGGUUGUUCUUAGUCUGAAGCACAUCCAGGCACACCUGCCUCACACCCUGGCAGAUCUAGCAUCUUUUCCUUGUCCUGCUUGCACAGAUCUCCUGUGUCUUUAAGUGAUAGAAACUUGCAGUUGCAAAUGUUUUGACUCCUGUUAGACCAUUCAUUUCCACCUGGUAAGCCCAAGCAAUUCUUUUCCUACAAGCACCAUCUAGUGGCCAAAGCUGAAAUAAAGGGCAGAGGAGACAUUUCCUGUUGGCUAAUUUGAAGGGUUUGGGCAGCUUUAGAAAUAGCAAUUAUAUGUUAGACAAAACUUCACAGCCAGUAAAGAUUUGAGCGGAGUUCAAAGUUAAACCCUGUUAAAAAUUCUUCUCUAUAGCACUGGACAACUCUAAUCUUCAGUUCGCUAAUGUAGAGAUGCUUAUCUUCCCUGAUGGUGGUGAGAAUAGCGUAUCUACAUUUACCAGUUAAAAAUGUCCUUAAAGCACACGCUCCCUGCCAUCUUGGCUGGGUAUCAGCAGCUGAUCUCAUUUUCUAAAAUGAAAGGUAACUGCUGCUUUGGGCAGUAUUGCUCAAACAACUUUGUUGCAGUAAUUUCAGGAUGUGUUAAAUUACAGCACGUGUAUACAUAGAGUUCAGAGUGCGCAUGUUAAGUGGUUCCAACACAGGAGACAAAUACUUCAUGGCGAGUAAGCACCAAUUAAUUCAGCAGUGCAGACUGAUUCUCAUCAAUUGCAGCGAAGAGCCACCUAGCCACUUUCAAGAAUGUCAGAACAGUUUGGACAAAUCUGCUUUAUCUUUAUUGGCAUUUGGAAGCCCUUUCGUUCUCACUAAUGACAUCUGUAGUAAACACUGCUUUUUAAAGUUAACCAACUUCGUACCAAUCUUGCUGUGAUUUUCACAUCUCCCAGCCUGAUGAAGAGCUAGAGCGUGAACUUUGACUUUUCUGUUGAACGGGAGGUGACUUUCCCCCAGUGUUCCCUUGCCUUCAGAGGCACUUCCCUUGGGUGUACCAACUAAGGUCCAUAAAGUCAAUUAUGCGAAUCUUGGAAGUGGUUGUUAUGUCAAGAUUUGAGACAAGUGAGGCUGAGAAAAUAGGUUCAGUAGAACAGGAUCUAUUUUAACACAUCCUUGAUGAAGUGCUAUGCUAUUUAAGAGUAUUGUGCUUUUGCUGUUAAUCCUUGAGUUCAGCUCCACAGAAACAAGGUUCUCUAAGACUAGGGUAGCUCAGCUUUUUGGGACAGGUGCAGGGAGAUAUAAAUAGGUGUUCAUGAGGGUUUGGUCUCUGGGUUAAGUAAGCUUUGAAGCAUGAGAGCUAGCCACCAAACAAUCCCAAUUUGUCUCCCAGGAAAACAAAGCUGUUCCAAACAAACUGACCAGAGAUUUUUGCUAAAGAUUAGAAAAACCUCAAGAUUACAUUAUUAAAUUCUUACUGUCCUUUAACUUCUAUUUUGAAACUACUGAACUGCAAAUGAAAUACUCUGAUACUCAUUUUUAUCACUUUUUCUCAUAAAAAUGUUCAUCUUUUGGUGGAGAGGAUGAUAGCCACUUAUUUUAUGGAAAUUACAAGUAUAGAUGAUUAGGAUAUAUACAACUUUGUGUUUACAAAGUCAAUCUCUCUCUUUGCCUCCAAGACAGUUCAUUCUUUUUUUCUCCCUCCUACUCCCUUGUAUUUUCAUGUGGGUAAAAAGGUUUCCCUUUAAUAGGUGGGUAGCCAAUUCCACAAGAAAAUUAUUAACCCAAGAAUAUUCAGCUAAACUAAAUUAGUAAGCUCAAAUGACACAUUAUGUAAAUAUGGAGUCUUCUGCCCUCACAAUUCCAUGAAAAUGAGAAAUGUUUGGAAGGACCAGAAUCACCAGUGAAAAAAUAAUGUAAGGGGUUAAGUACUACAUUUCCUUGGCCACAUUUAAAUUCUCUUCAUGUUCCUUUUCUGCAAGCAUAUGCUUAGCAUUUUUUUGUUUUGUUUUCUGUAAUAAAAUGGCUCCUAAGCCAUCAGGAAUUUGUAUAUCUUAACAAGCAGAAAAAUGAGACAAAGAUCAAGGACAACUUUUUAUUGCUACCAGAGGCUUUUUUUUUUUUAUCAUCAGUACAUGGUUCUGACUGCAGUGCCUUCUUCAGACUGUACAAGGAGCUCAGGGUCCAGAAGUUAUUAAAAGAAAUAUAGGUAGGCUGGGAAAGCAGGAGAAAUAAUUUUUACCAAGGAAAUUCUAAUAGUUUAACAUAAAACUGGGGUACUGAAUUCAGUUAUUACACAUUAUAGACCCAAAUCAUGGAGUUGCCCCACUUUCUGGACAGUUUUCUCCUAUUGAUUAUGAAUGAGUGAAAACUGACCAGUCCCCAAAAAUAAAACAAAAAACUAAUUUUAGUUGUUACAUAUUUCUUUGGUGAGCACCUGGAUAUAUUAACUUUAUCACAAAUUUUUUUAUAAAAAUGUCAAAGAUGUUUUCAACAAAUCUAAGAGUCUUAAUCACAUGCCGCUUUUAAGCUUUAAGAUAAACAAAAAUACAAUUUUGUUCCCAAACUCUA